AUGUCACAUUCGGCGAUAAAAGAUAAAUGCAUGAAAGUGAUGAAUAAAGUGGGCCGUGUUGGAACUGAUGAUGAAGCGAUACAACACGGAAAAAAUUUCUAUAAGUUUAUGUUCGAUCGUCAUCCCAAUUUACGCGUGUAUUUUAAAGGCGCUGAAAAUUUCACUUCGACGGACAAUUCUGAAUUUGCAGGACAGAAACUUUUACUUGCUGUUAGAAUAAUUAUUAACACGUAUGACGAUCCGGAAACAUUCAAAGCAUACGCUCGUGAAACAGUCAACCGUCAUGCCAGAUUCAAGUUGGAUCGUACAUUAUGGCUUGCGUUCUUCACAGUGUUGGUGAAUAGCCUGAAGGAAUAUACUACAAUCGAUGAAGAAACUGAAAAAAGUUUUUUACAAGUUGGUAAAGAAUUUUCCGAUGAAUGUCUUAGAGAGACCAUUGCAUUGAAUUUGCCUAACUGA